CCCGGCCAGAAGGAAGGCUACACAAACCAAGCACACAGCAUCCUACUGUCAGUUGUCACACACACACACACACACACACAGGUGUACAAGCCAGCUCAGUAGCUAGCUCCUCGAGCUUUUGAUCAACCGGCGGCCAUGGCGGAGGAAAAGAAGCACCACCUGUUCCACCACAAGAAGGAAGACACCGACGUGGUCGUCAACCCCACCACGGGCGCCGUCGACGAGUACGGGUACUCGGCGGAGACGGUGGUAACCCCAACCGGCGCCGACGGCGAGUACGAGCGCAUCACCAAGGAGGAGAAGCACCACAAGCACAAGGAGCACCUCGGCGAGAUGGGCGCCGUCGCCGCCGGCGCCUUCGCCCUCUACGAGAAGCACGAGGCAAAGAAGGACCCGGAAAACGCGCACAGGCACAAGAUCGCGGAGGAGGUCGGCGCGGCGGCGGCGGUGGGCGCCGGAGGGUUCGUGUUCCACGAGCACCAUGAGAAGAAGAAGGACCACAAGGAGGCCCAGGAGGUCAGCGGCGAGAAGAAGGGCCACCACCUCUUCGGCUAAGCGACGUCGCUAGACCCGCCGAUCGAUACUCCACGUAAGCUCGCUGGCGCCGAAGUUUGUUUGUGUGUGUGUGCGCGUGUGUGUUUUUCUGAGGCGCGGGCCAGGCCGUGGGUAUACGAGGUCUCUGUACAUGUGUUUAAUCUGCAGCUUCGGUGUGUUGUGCUACGUACUGCUGCUGAAUAAGCUCCCAGACAGCGAGUAUAUGAUGUAAUAAUCUCUAUGUAUGUGUGCUCAACUUUAUUAAUCAUCCAAGCUACCCUGCCUAUCUGCAUCUAACUUUUA